AUGUCGGACUGCACGCAUGAGCUCGAGGACCUCCUCGUCGAAGUCUUUGAGAGCCUCGCCACGGACGGGCCCAUCCUGCCCGAGUACGUCGCCCGGAAGCUCCAUGGCAUGGUCCACCUCCAUCGACUCUGCUCGCAUCGGUACAGUUCCGACUUUGUCGACACGAGCUGCCUCGAGUGCGGCGAAGCCCGGCGUAGCAACCAGACAGAGAGCGACGAGCCGGCGCCCGAGGAGACCGAGACGGACGUGGAGGCCAGCGCCGUGCUGGCGCGCCCCGAGCUCGUGCUCGAAGAUGCACCGGCGUGGAUCGCCAUCCAAAAGCAGAACGAGCACCCCGAGCUGCUCAUCGAGUGCGACUCGGACGACGAGGACGAAGACGACGAUGGCUUUGUGCCGCGCUCAGACUGGGCGUCGAGCCAGGACCACCCUGAGAUUGUCAUCGAACUCGAGGGCACGCCCGUGCAGAGUGCCCAGCCAGAGAUCGUGAUCGAGCUCGAGCACGAGCCAAGCUACAUGGCCGCCUUGACUGCGCACCCCGAGCUUGUCAUCGAGCUGGACGCGUCGCCAGUGCCAGCGACAGAGACAUGCGACGAAGUCGGCCACGUCAAUGGCGACGAAGAAGCAGAUGACGUGGCCGAAAUGCAAAGUCCGUCGUUCCUCGCACUGCCUGCGAUUGAAGAAGAGGAUGUCGACACGUGCUCGGUCGCGUCGACCAUGGAUGUGCUGGAGCUGGCCGGGAAGCCGCUGGCCCACUUGCCGAGUGUUUCGCAGUCAAGCGAGACACAGAGCAUGCACUCGGACGACGAGACCGUCACAUCGGUCGACCUCGACUUGGAAAACAUCCAGUCGCUCAACAACGAGUACGACGAGUUCUUUGAGUUUAUGAACCAGCAGCUCGAGCCAGAGUCGCCCGAGGAGAUGCCCAGCCCCCGGCCAGCAUACACGCCGACACACAGCAGAAGCAGCAGUGACGCCAGCGACUCAGACGACGACGAUGUUCGCGAGCUCUACGGCUCCAAGUCUACCGCCACCACCAGCCCUUGCUCGUCCAUCGCCAACGGCAAGUCUUCGGUCCCCAGCAGCCCGAAGCCGUCCAUUAUGAGCAGCCCGAUGACGUCGGUCACCAAGAGCCCGGUCCCAAGCUGCCCCAAGCCUUGUGUUCGUAACAGCCCGAAGCCAUCAACCAUUAGCAGCCCCAACCCGUGCAUCCGCAGCAGCCCCAAGCCAUCGAUGAUCGCAAAGCUGUGUCCGACGCCGCUGUCGUUGGCCAAGGACGUCAAGCCGACGCCCGCGCGCCCGAGUGCGAUUGCCCGCCCGCGCCUCGAAAUCGCCUGCGCGAGUGUGACGACGACGCGUGGUCCGUCGGCAACGCCCAAAAAGCUCUCGGUGGCCCCGACGCCGCGCAAGCCGCUGGCGACAACGCCGGUCACGCCUCGCAGCACAGAGCAACGCCACGAGCUCGUGGCCAAGCGGCGCGAGGAGAAGGAGCGACGCGAAGCCCAGGCGCGCGAAGAGGCGCUCAGGCAGCGCGAAGAGCGCCGACUCCUCCUUGAAGCCAAGAUGCAAGCAGAGAAGGACGCGCGCGCCGAGCUCGUCCGAAAACGCCUCCUCGAACGCGACGACCACGUCCUCAAGCGCCACGUGUAG